CCCGCCCUCACCACCAUGGCCUCUCUCGCGCGGAUCCGUGUUGCUGUCCCCCGCCGCGUCUCAUUACAGCCGUUCGCGCGGACCAUCCAGACCGCCGCCGAUACGACGCAGCUGCACCAGGACGCGUCCCACUCCGAGCCAUUUACGGUGAAGCUGCAUGAAGACUCCUUCCGCGGGUACCGGACGGAGACUCCCAGCCUCGAUGUCGAGGUCACGAAGGAGAAUCUGCUCAAGUGGUACAGAUCCAUGACCGUCAUCCGCCGCACGGAGCAGGCUGCCGACGCUCUCUACAAACAAAAGCUCAUCCGUGGCUUCUGCCAUCUUGCUAUCGGUCAGGAAGCUGUCUCGGUCGGUCUUGACUCUGCGACAACUUUCGAUGACAACAUCAUCUCCUCCUACCGCACGCACCCCUUCGUCAUCCUCCGUGGCGGAGACAUUAAGAGCCUCAUUGGCGAGCUUCUCGGCCGCGUAUGCGGUGUGUCGAAGGGCAAGGGUGGUUCCAUGCAUGUUUUCACCGAGGCCUUCCAGGGAGGCCACGGUAUCGUCGGCGCGCAGGUGCCGCUUGGUGCUGGUCUUGCCUUCGCGCAGAAGUACCAUGGAAAAAAGCACGCGACAUUCGCGAUGUACGGUGAUGGUGCGUCCAACCAGGGUCAGGUGUUCGAGUCGUUCAACAUGGCGAAGCUCUGGAACCUCCCGUGCAUUUUCGUUUGCGAGAACAACAAGUAUGGUAUGGGUACAUCCGCUGAGCGCAGCUCGUCCAACACCGAGUACUACACCCGUGGCGACUUGAUCCCCGGUAUUCAGGUGAACGGUAUGGACAUUAUUGCCGUCCAUCAGGCGACGAAGUUCGCAAAGGACUGGGUCAACUCUGACAAGGGUCCCCUCCUGGUUGAAUUCGUCACUUACCGUUAUGGUGGUCACUCCAUGUCCGACCCCGGAACCACCUACCGUACUCGCGAGGAGAUUCAGCGCAUUCGUUCGACCCAGGACCCCAUCCGCGGUCUUCAGCGUUAUAUAUCUGAGUGGGGUCUCGCGUCUGAGGAGGACCUCAAGGCGAUAGACAAGGAGGCGAAGGCCGAGGUCGACGCUGCUGUUGAGGAGGCUAAGGCUUCGCCGUUCCCCGACGAGAAGGAGCUUUGGACCGACAUCUACUCCGCUGGUUUCGAGCCUCCGGCGAUGCGCGGCAGGGACCGUGAGGAGGUCUUCCGCUUCUGAGAGGGUGUACGGGCGUAGUUCAGGGCCAUGGUUGCGUGUGGGGCGGGUUUGUUACUAGUUUGAUAUAGACUACAUUACGCUGGUUGAUACUACUGCUUUGCAUGCUAUGCUGGAGUGUUCUAGUAAUAUCCGGAGCACCGUCCAUGAUUGAAUGCAGUAUGCAGGAUCCAGACUGUCCUAUGUCGGCCUGGGAGUAGCGAUGUUGACUUCGGUUCCGUCAUCAGCAAUCACCUUGAAGCGAAGAAUCUCGAACGGUUCUCCCUUCGCUCUCCGGAUGCUCGUAAAGUACAGGGUGCCCGCGCCUUUGUGUCCUUUGACACGAAAGCUCAAGUCGAUGUUGCCGCCUGGUAUGUGGAUCGCGCCGUUGAUCCAGGGGUCACCGUUCAUCCACCAGACGGGCUCCGGUCGGACGGCCUCUCCGAUGACCUCGCGCAGCUCUGCGUUGUCCCGGAUGGUGUUCAUGACCUGCUGCAUGAUGGACGAGGAGAGGCGCUCCUGGUUCCCGACGAAGACCAUGAAGACGGCCCAUGAGCUCACGCCGAGGGCGCUGAGCGCGAGGAUCGCAGGCCAUUUGCUCCGUAGAGGAGGCAGGUCCUUCGGAGACGGUCGGGAGUAGUAGAGGCCGGGGCGUGCGGUCUUGUCGAACGUCUCGGCCUCUGGGAGGGGUUUGGGAUGUUGCGUUCGCGGGGUCGUCGUGUAGCUAGCUCGGAGGAGUUGUAGAUUCCGGACGUUCUGGACACCGCGGCAUGCGCGAAGAUGAAUACGUAGCGGUGAGCGGAGAGACAUGGACAUAGUUGUGAGGCCGCCUUGAAAACAGCGACGAGGGGCUGUAUUUUAUGUCUUCCUCGUCUUAUGCGUUGUAGUAGAGUGGG